UGAGCCGGGCGGACAGGCAGCCCCCUCUCUCUCUAUAAAACCUCCCUCCAGAUCCCAUGCUCAGUGACAGUCGGAGGCAAACACCAAUCGGUGAUGACCGAGCAGCCCUGACACCGGCGGAUGUUUGCAGCGUUUCUCUGGUGGGGGGGGGGGCUCACUGUGUCCUGAGGUUCCUGCACAAGUGCCCCUGGCUCUGUCACCCGCUCCGGGACGGACAGAGGGAGGCGCACGACACUGCCGCCUGGGCCCUGGAGGAGGCAGGGAGCAAAGCCAGCAACAUCCAGUGAAGUGUCCGGGGAAUGGCCGGGACUGCUAGCACUUUCAGGAACCUCCGGCGGUGCACGGCAUCGUGGAGAGGCUUGCAGGCGACUUUCUUUCUGCUCUAUUUAAUCCCCCUGGUGUGCACUUCGUGGGGCAUCGGAUUCCAGUACAAAUACCCUCCGGGAUUGCAAAGCAGCAAGGACCAGCUCGGAGGUGUCAGCAAUGGCUUUCUCAGCCGCAGGAAUUGGUGUCCGUUCACUGUCACAAAAACAGUGUCCUGCCAAGUGCAGAAUGGAACAUACGUGCAGAGGGUUUAUCAGAGCUGCAGAUGGCCAAUGGGCUGCCCUGGUGGUAUUAGUUACAGGGCGAUGAUCCGACCAACUUACAGACUGACUUACAAAACGGUGACAGCGAUAGAAUGGAAAUGUUGUGUCGGGUUCAGAGGCAGCAGUUGUGAAGAAGAGACUGGAAAUUUCCUGGAAGCUUUGGAUGGUCGGCAGGUCUCGCACGUUCGCAGAUUGAAUACAAAAACUGGAGACCUUUCAAAUUGCUUAAACUGCAGUAAAAUUUCCCAGCUGACUGACCGUUUGGGGACACUGGAGGCCAAGGUGGCUUUACUGGCAGCUGCAGAGCCAGUCAGCUCUCUAGUGACAAACCACGGACACCUGAUGCUUAAAGGAGCACCUGAAGAUACGAUUAAAAUCCGAGGUGCUCCAGCUGUGCGAGGCUUGCCUGGAGCCCGGGGCCCAAAAGGUCCAAGGGGUGAACCAGGCUUGCGUGGUCCAGCUGGAUUGCCAGGAGCAAAAGGAGCUAUGGGGCCACCAGGGCCACCAGGACUUCUGGGUCCAACUGGAGCAGCAGGCCUUCCUGGUGGGAGAGGUUUACCAGGACCCCCAGGACCACCAGGGCCACCAGGGCCUGCAGGACCAUCACGUGCUGACAUUCCUUAUCUAGGAUCAGUUGACCUUGGAUACACAGCAACCAACAAUGGUGAUUCCGUCUUGUCAAAUACCUUCACAGACACUGUUGUAACUGGUGUUCGUGGACCUCCUGGACCAGUGGGACCUGUCGGUUCACCUGGUCAACAAGGACCUAUUGGACCACCUGGGCCUCCAGGAAAAGAUGGAUUGGCUGGUCGGCCAGGUAUGCCAGGAUUAGAUGGACCUAAAGGUGAAAAGGGAGACAGAGGCCCAUCUGGAUAUCCUGGAGAAAGAGGCCUCAGAGGAGAAAUGGGGGAACCAGGAAUAAAAGGAGAACCAGGAGAUAAAGGACAACCGGCUGUUAGUUGGCAGAUGUUCCAAGAUCUUCAAGCUGAAUUAGAAGUUCUGGCUAGAAGGGUAACCUUACUGGAAGCCAUCGUAUGGCCAGAACCUGAUCAUGGAUCUGGAGUAGAUCCUUACGCUACUGUACCUCCAAAUUUCUUCAGAGGCAAGCGAGGCAGCUUUGCAGCCUACAAGAUUAUCUCACACAGGCUUGCACAUAAAACCGAAGAGAAAUGAUUAUGAACAAUGUCAAUGACAACAAAUGUAAACAGGUGCCUUCCUGAAACAACGUGGUAAACUGGGGUAAGCAGAUUACCAAACCACUGGAACUGUUCAUAAAGCAUUUGUCCUGCGUGUAAUACAUCAGUGGACUAACUUGAUUUGCCUUGUCCAACUGCGAGCAUUUUGCUCUACUUGUGCUGAAAAUAACUUGUGUUUUAGGCUGCUGUCUUAAUGGGAAUCUCAGAGUAUUGCUAUAGAUAUCACAAAAUGUUUCAUCAUUUGAUGACUAUUCUGUAUUUUUUCAUAAACAUAGCCUUUGGUGAAUAUUUCAUAAAGCAGCCAUUAUCCUAUAUUUGUGAAAGUGUUUACUUUGCAUUUACUUCCUAUCACAAGUAGAUUACUUUUUCUAAAAUGCUGUAUAAUCAUACUAUUGUCAGUUUAAAUUUUGUAUUUCAAAAGAUAAAUUAGUUUCAUUACAUGGAAAAAAACGUUUAAUGAGACAGUGUCCCUUGGUCACCUCCUUGCAUACUGCUCUCUCCGGAAUGGUUACCUGCUCAAUUUAUGACAGAUUAUUGACUCUUUGUUGGAUUAGUCCAUUCCAGUUUAUGAACCUAACAUCUCUGUGCACUCAGGGUCUUUUUUCUAGUGUUUUUGAUUUGAAGUAGGCUUGCCAGUAAUGAUUACUUAAUUGGAAUGUAAACAGUUUUAGAUCAAAGGGAAUUAACAAUUACAGAGAUAUAGAUUUUUAAAAUUUUCUUCCAUUUUUAAAAGGCGUUUUCAGUGAUCAAGAAAUACAGACUUUGCAAAUAGUGUAGUUGCAUUUGAAUGUCCACUUGUACAGCCCACCUCCCUCAUAUUGGACAUUUAUAAAUUAAAGCUGGCAUCAGUUUGUGUUUGAAUACAUUCUGAGAAUUGGAAUGAAUGUUUGGGAGAAGUUAAACAAAUGGGAUCCUGUCUCUUUAAAUUAUAUUAGAGCUUAAUUACUGAUCAUUUUUACUUUUAUGGUAACAGCAGUAAGGGAUGGUAAAGCAAAUAUUGAAGUGAGCCAUUUGUGUUGUUUUCCUAUGAUUGGAUGAAAUAUAAUUUAGAAAUUUUAUUUUGUAGCAAAUUGAGAUGAUCCGUGCAUUGCUGAAGGUAUCAAUCCGAAGGAAUACUGCCUUUGCCAUCACAUUUGAACAUUAAAUAUCAGUAAUUUCUAAACAUUUUAAAAAUCUUACUACAAGUUGUGCAUUUUAAUUCUAAAGGGCAUACACUAAAAUAGAUAGAAAAUCAAAAAAAAAAGUGGAUUAAUUGCACAUCCAAUUUAAUACUCAAGAAAACAGAGGACUGCUACUUAAAAUUUUAGAUCAAAAUAAAUGGAACAUUUUACCAGCAAGGCAUGGAAAUGUACUAAGUAUUUAUGUACAGAUAUCUCUGAAUUUGUACUUGAAGGUAGCAUUUCAAAUAUAGUCAUUCUGGGCUGUAACUGAAUUGUGUGUGUCUUAAUGGUGCUCAGUGUGCAGUGUUUGACUUUAUGAUUAAAACGACAUGUUUCUGAUCUCAGUUUGCUAUUAGUUUAUUCGCAGAUUCUGUAUCAUGACAAUGGGCUUUUAAUGCAGGUUGCUAGCAAAGGUAUUCAAUUAAUAAGUAUAUUUACAAUGUACAACUUUUGGUA